GCCGCUUGCCGCCGCCCGCGGAGCCCGAGCCGGAGCCGCCGCCCGUCCGAGGCCGGGGCGUCGAGGAGCCCGUGGCGCCGCCAUGUGGGGCUAACCCGCGCCGCGCCCGGCCUGCAGCAGGACCCACAACAUGGAGGCGGCCGUCGGCGCCCCAGACGGCGGGGACCAGGGCGGCACGGGGUGCCGCGAGGACGCGACGUCCAUGGACGCCUAUCUGCGGAAACUGGGCUUGUAUCGGAAACUGGUCGCGAAGGACGGGUCGUGCCUGUUCCGGGCCGUGGCGGAGCAGGUAUUGCACUCUCAGUCUCGCCAUGUUGAAGUCAGAAUGGCCUGUAUUCACUAUCUACGAGAGAACAGAGAGAAAUUUGAAGAGUUUAUAGAAGGGUCAUUUGAAGACUAUUUAAAACGUUUGGAAAAUCCACAGGAAUGGGUUGGACAAGUGGAAAUAAGUGCCCUUUCUCUUAUGUACAGGAAAGAUUUUAUAAUUUAUCGGGAACCAAACGUUUCUCCUUCACAAGUAACCGAAAAUAAUUUUCCUGAAAAGGUGUUACUGUGUUUUUCAAAUGGAAAUCAUUAUGAUAUUGUCUAUCCCAUAAAGUAUAAAGAGAGCUCUGCUAUGUGUCAGUCUCUCCUUUAUGAAUUGCUGUAUGAGAAGGUAUUUAAAACUGAUGUUAGUAAAAUCUUGAUGGAAUUAGACACCUCUAAAGGAGCUGAUGAAAACAACAGUGAAGUAUCAGAUUCAGAGGAUGACAGUUGCAGGAGUAAAACUACCACUGCUAAUGAUGUGAAUGGAUUUAAAGCUUUGUCAAGUGACCAGCACCUGAAAAAUAAUGGGAAUUCUCCUAGCCUUCCUUUGUCUAGAAAAGUUCUUAAGUCACUCAAUCCAGCAGUCUAUAGGAAUGUGGAAUAUGAAAUUUGGCUGAAGUCCAAACAAGCUCAACAAAAACAUGAUUAUUCCAUUGCUGCUGGCUUACAGUAUGAAGUUGGAGAUAAAUGCCAAGUUAGAUUGGAUCACAAUGGUAAAUUUUCUAAUGCAGAGUUUCAAGGGGUUCACUCUGAGAAUGGACUGAUUUUGGUCGAAGAACCUGGAAAGAAACAUUCACCGAAGAACCUCAAAACACCUCCCUUAGAAAGCUGGAACACAGUGUCAGGAAAGAAGAUGAAAAAACCUUCCACUUUGGUACAAAAUUUCCACUCUGACACAGAUUACAGAGGGCCAAAGAAUCCAAGCAAGCUAAUAAAAGCCCCAUCAGCACUACCUCCUCGAUUCCAGCAUCCUUCAGGAGUAAGACAACAUGCAUUUUCUGGUCAUUCUGCAGGGUUACAGUCUCAGAAACCCUCCAGUGAGCACAAAAAUCUUAGGACAAGCUCACAGAUCAUAAGAAAACCUGAUCGUGAGAGAGCUGAGGAUUUUGAUCACACGGGUCGAGAGUCUAACUAUUUUGGCCUCUCCCCAGAAGAGCGCAGAGAGAAGCAAGCUAUAGAAGAAUCUCGUUUACUCUAUGAGAUUCAGAACAGAGAUGAACAGGCUUUCCCAGCCCUUUCCAGCUCAUCAGUCAGUCAGUCGGCUUCUCAGAGUAUUAGCAACCCAUGCAUCCAGAGAAAAUCAUCACAUGUGAGUGAUAGAAAAGGAAGCAGGCGGAGAAUGGAUACUGAAGAACGAAAAGAUAAAGACUCUAUCCAUGGACAUGUUCACUUGGAUAAAAAACCUGAGCCAAGCACAUUGGAGAAUAUGAGUGAUGAUAAAUGUGCAGGAGUUUUGUCACCAUCCAAGUCAAAGAAAUUAGAAUGCCCACCUCCUGCAGAACAAAAGCCAGCAGAACAUGUGUCUUUGUCAAAUCCAGCUCCCCUUCUAAUUUCUCCAGAGGUACAUCUAACUCCCGCAGUGCCUUCUUUACCAGCCACUGUGCCAGCCUGGCCAGGUGAACCUACAACUUUUGGACCAACAGGUGUCCCUACUCAAAUUCCCGUCUUGUCAGUGACACAGACCCUGACCACUGGACCUGAUUCUGCUGUGUCCCAAGCUCAUUUAACACCCUCUCCAGUUCCUGUGUCAAUACAGGCAGUUAACCAGCCCUUGAUGCCUUUGCCUCAGACAUUGAGCCUUUACCAGGACCCUCUCUACCCUGGGUUUCCUUAUAAUGAAAAGGGAGAUAGAGCCAUUGCACCACCUUAUUCACUGUGUCACACUGGAGAGGACCUGCCUAAAGAUAAGAACAUUCUUCGAUUUUUCUUCAAUCUUGGUGUGAAGGCAUAUAGUUGUCCUAUGUGGGCCCCACAUUCUUACCUGUACCCUCUGCACCAGGCCUACCUGACAGCCUGCAGGAUAUACCCAAAGGUCCCUGUCUCUGUGUAUCCUCAAAAUCCUUGGUUCCAAGAAGUUGCUGCUUCUCAGAAUGAAAGUGAUUGUACCUGUACCAAUGCACAAUUUCCUAUGCAGACUGAGGCCAAUGUUAAUGGUCAAAUGCCACAGGCAGAGAUUGGACCGCCAACAUUUUCUUCACCUCUGGUUAUUCCUCCGUCUCAGGUGUCUGAAAGUCAUGGACAGUUGUCUUACCAGGCUGACCUUGAAUCUGAAAACACUGGGCAGCUUCUUCAUGCUGAAUAUGAAGAGCCACUAAGUGGCAAGAAUAUGUUCCCACAACCGUCCUUUGGACCUAAUCCAUUUUUAGGCCCAGUUCCCAUUGCACCUCCUUUCUUUCCUCAUGUUUGGUAUGGGUACCCUUUUCAGGGAUUCAUAGAAAAUCCAGUAAUGAGGCAGAAUAUUGUUGUGCCCUCUGAUGAGAAAGAAUUGGAUCUGCCCCUGGAAAAUCUGGAUCUAUCUAAAGAAUGUGGUUCAGUUUCAGCAGAUGCAUUUCCGGAGGCCAGAGGUGAAGGCACUUGUCCUCUCACUGAAGCAAGUGUGAGUAAGCAUGAAGGCCGGGCAGAGCAGUCGUCCCAGACACCUGAGGCAGAUCUGGCAUUGGCUUCCAUCCCUCCUGGAGCAGAGGGGAAGGCUCAUCUUCCCACUCAGAUUCUAAACAGAGAGAGAGAAACUGUGCCUGUUGGACUUGAGCCCAAAAGGACCAUUCCAAGUAUGAAAGAAAAAUCAGAGAAAGUGAAAGAUCCUAGUAAGACUGCUGCUGUUGUGGUCAGUGGGGCCAACUCUGUGGACAGCAGAGUGCAAAGACCAAAAGAAGAGAGUUCAGAAGAUGAAAACGAAGUGUCAGAUAUUCUGAGAGGUGGUAGAUCCAAGCAGUUCUAUAAUCAGACGUAUGGAGGCAGGAAGUACAAAAGUGAUUGGAGCUAUUCUGGUAGGGGAGGAUAUCAGCAUGCGAGAGGUGAGGAGUCCUGGAAGGGGCAGCCCAGCAGAAGCCGAGAUGAAGGCUACCAGUACCAUCGGAAUGUCAGAGGUCGGCCAUAUAGGGGGGAUAGGAGGAGAGCAGGAAUGGGAGAUGGCCAUCGGGGACAACACACUUGAUAGUUUUUGCUGUGGUAUUUUAGAGCAGACACCCUUUCUUAGGUGGAGUGUCUCUGAAGGUUUAAAAAAUACAUUAAAAUAAAAACCCAAAUUGGAACUAUCUCCUCCCCUCCCCCUUUACCCUCACUUCCAUCCUGGACAAGAGAGUUUGGAUAUGCAGUUGAGGGGGCAGGUGAAUUCCUGGUGUUGCCAUUUUUCUUUGUUCACAAUGUUUUAUUUAUCAGGUAACUGUCCCCAUAAGAAGUAGAAAGUAAGUUUGUUAAAGUGUUUUUUAUAAACAGCUUAAUAUAAAACAGAUUUAGUGUUUGUUUUUUUCCUUAUAUAAGUUUAAUUUGAAAUGUUGGAGAUGUGUGCUUUAUAGUUUACUAAGUGACAAGAAAAUACACCAUUUGACACACACUAGAUUCCAAAACAACAUUGCACCAAAUAGAAAUGUAUAUUUUAUUAUGCAAUGCCUUAGUCAUAAACUGGGCUCAAACAGUUCUUAGCCUAAAACACUGUUGUCUUUUGAAAUGCUUCCAACCCAAAGGCCUUUCAUCUCAAUAUCUGUCAAACUUGAAUAAUGUCUUCUCUUUAAUAUUACACAAAGGCAGCCUAUUUACCUGUGUCUUAGAAAUGUUGUAUAUAGUUCUUUUAAUAUUCAUAGGGUAUAUUUUUUGAAUUUUGGUGAGUAUUUGUUGAACUUGAGAUUGCAUACAAGAACAGAUGUUUAAGAAAUAUAGGAAAUCUAAUGAAUGGCUGUUUCCACCAAGAAUUCUUAGCACUGGUGUAAAUAUCAUGGUGCCUACUUGAAAGAGAUGUAGAUGCUAUGCAUUUUGAAAAUAAUCUGCAUCUGUUAAAACUGCAGAAGUUUUUUAAUGCCACUUUAACACUAAUGCACUGACAGACUUAAAUAUUUUGUGAGAAGAAAUGUUUAAAGUUUUUAGCUUGACAGGCUUCUAUAGAGUUACUGUUUUGUUUUUCUCUUUGCACCAUAGGUUAUGUGUAUCACUUCAUUUGCGUGUUCAGUUUGUCUUGGCUGGAACUAAUGUAGAAAAAGGGUGAUGGUGACUUCUAGUUUUGUUCUAGAGGAUGCUGCUAGAAAAUGAUUUUGCUUUUGCAUUUUUAUAGCUUGUUGUCUCUUCAAAAACAGCUCUCUGAAGUGCUUCCUUCCAGUCUUUGCAGUAUUCACUAGAAGUUCCCUUUGCAUGUUGCACUGUUCUUAUUUGGAGAUUUGACUCUGAAUUAACACAGUAUUCAUUCAUCUGUGUUACUCUGUAAAAAUACCUGUAGCUUGUAUUUCUUAAUUGUACAUACCAAUGUGAAAAAUCUACCCUUUUUUAUGUUCUCUAUCAGGAAGUUGAGUGCUAUGCAAAUAAGUUUCUCUUUGCAUGGCAUGUGUAAUAUACCUAGCCAAAAAUAAUUUUUUUUAAAGCAAAUUACUUUAAAGCAAAUACAAUUAACUUGAAUUUGACAGACUGAAGCAGAUGAGUUUUCUGGGUUCUCUGACUAUCCACAGGAAUUGUUUGGAUGCCAUCUGGGCUCAGUUGAAUCUCCACUGUACUGUAAUAAUGGUUAUUUACCUCUGUUUUAAUUACCUAAUGUCUGUUUAACUGCUGAUUUGAGUAGUGAUUAGCAUUUAGAUGUUUUGUAACAGAAUUUUAGAGAGCACUUUGAAAGAUAACAUUUUAUUAUGAUGGUGCUAGGUGAUGGUAUACAAGUCUUUACAAAUUUGUAAAGAUGGAUUGUGUGGAAAAGAAAAAAAUUCUUGAGAACCUGUUGAAAGAACCUAUCGUUACUUUCUAAACUAGAACAAUUGGGGAAGGUACUGCUUAAGCCAUUUUUUUCUUAGUUAACACCAUCAGUUGUCACAGAAUGAGAUUAUAGGGUCCUCCAGCUCAUGCUUUUGUGUAAUUUACCUGAUAGUUUUUAUGAAAAUCACAUUUAGAUACAAUGACCAGAUUUUAAAAAGUUCAGUGUAAGUUUGAUCUCAGGAGUCCAAAAGAAAUAGCUGUUUCCAGUAUCUUUCACUUUAUUAAUUGGGAUUUGACAUCAGUUUCUUCUGCAAAUGUUUAAAAAUUGGAUAGGAAAGAAUACUGUUCAUUUCUUCACUGUCACUUCUGUCUUACCUCAAUUGAGUAACAUGUAUAUACUCUAGUUCUUGAAGGAAAUACUGAUUUUCUUCAUGUUUCCCUUAUCUUACCACCAGGACAUGAUGGAAACAGUGCUUAAAAACUUAGCAGAUUGUACUUUAUUCAGAAACCUCUGGAAUAAAAGAACUUCUGAUAAUUAGUUAGUCUUUGCAUAAAGGUAGUUUGUUUUUUUCCCUUUAGGUUUGUUUUAAACGUUAGUCCAGGAGAUUUUGCCUUAUGUUGAGGUCAGACUCUAGGGCCAAGCAAGCUUUUGUCCUUCAUUUUAACUGAGUCAUGUGGUAUACUGACAUGAUACAGAAGCUUAGACGUGAGAAUCAUUCGUGUUUUGAGUUGUAAACUGUGGAACUUCAUUGUAUUACAAUCAUACACAUUUUGGAGAAAUGUUUAGAAUGACCAAAGCUCACUUGUUCUUUCUGUUUUAGUAGUUGCUUUUGCUAAGCUUGAUUCCUUUUUCAUCUUAGCUUUUAGUUGUGUAUAUUCCUCUCCUUUUCUCUCAGAUAAAUCUUCAACUCUUGCUCCACUUGUUGGCAGCAGGAUGCUAGUAGCUAUGUAGUCUUUGUAACAUUUCCUGAUAACCCACCCAUAUGUUCAUUUUCGUGGCUGACCUCAGCUCAGACCCUGCCUUGACCUGGCAGGAGUAGGUCUUCCUAAACCACAACGCUAGUACAACUCAUUUGACGCAAACUAUAUAUUCUUGCAGUGUGUCUGCUUUGUGACUUGAGGUUGAAUUAAUGCCUGUGAACUGCAAACUUGCUUAUGACUGACUUGGUGCAAUAAAGUUCCUUUCUAACCAUCUGGUGUAGAAAACAUCAGCCAUUUUAGAAACUAGCAAUAUUUAUUUAUGUCUCAUUUAUUUCACCUUGUUUUAGGUGAGGUAACCUUCGUCUUUCUUUCACAUAUGGGUACUAAGCAAGGUCCAUUUUAGUGUAGCUGAAGAGAUGUGUACUUGGCUACACUAUGUUUACUGUAUUUUGCUUCCUAUUAAUGUCUAAAAACGCUAUUGUAUUUUUGUUUUAAAAUCUUUAUGGCUCAGUUCCAGUAUGUCAAUUUCAGAUACCUAAGGUUUUGCUCCUAAUUUCAGCCAUUUACUCUCCCACAUUUAAUUGGGAUUUCCCCCCCUCCCCAAAGUAGAUGUUAUAGGAAAUCCUAGAGGGGUGGUUGCAUGUGUAAUGCUGGGAAACAGCAACUUUGGGGUUGAAUUUACUUGAAUGGGUAAAAAAUUGCAUUGUUUUAACAGAGCUAGAAAAAGAUUUAUGUAUGAAAAAUAAUAGCCUUACACUGAGUACAAAUAAUACUUAAAAGCAUGUGAAGAUGUGAUCAUUUGUGAUGUUACUUGUAAAAAAAGUAUAUAUACAUAUCUUUUGAAGUGUUGAGAGGAAAAUAGUACUUUAUAUUCUUUAUCAUAUCACUUUUUGUAAGUGUUAAAUAUAUUCCUGUUUAUUUUUCUAUGUUCUGUUUUGUAGCCUUAAGAAGUGUUUCGAACAUAUCUGAAUGUAUAAGAGUAAAUGCCCUACAUGGUGUGAUGCUGCAUUAUAUAUAAAACUGUGCAUAUGGUAAA